UGCAGCACAGCUCAGCGGCUCAGUCGUCGACGUGGCUGGCUUCUUCCCGCCUGCUUCUCUCGCGACGACCUUCUGGCCUGGCUGUGCUUCAGCGCUUCACGCUCCGCCGCCACCAUCACCCCUCCUCCACUACCAGCGUCGGUGAUUUGAUUUCCCUCCACCUUUUUUGGCGCGCAACUCUCGCCCCCCUCCACGCGAUGCUUGUCAGCUAGCCUGCAUUCCACCCCCCACCUCUUGCAUGCAGACCUGCCCGCCUUACCGCCUGCCUGACUGAUUCCCCUGACGCCUCGCUGCCGCUUGCUGCCGUCGCUCGUGCGCUCCGACCCAAAGCGUGUUUGUCACCCCAUCGGUAGGUAAACCGCGUGCGCCACACAGAGAGAGAGAGAGAGAGAGGAGAGAGAGAGGGAGAGAAGAAGGCCUCCCCUUCUUGUUUUCCAUCUUCUGCCCAACAACUGCAAGGAGCAGCUGGAGCCGCGGCUGCACUCUGUUAAAAGAGGGAUUGGUUUUUCAUCUCCCCCCACACACAUUCCUGGGACGGUGCAGAGGAGGUGAGGAGAGGGAGGGACCAGGAGUAGGACCUCAGACUCUGGACAAUCCCCCCGCCCCAUCUCUUGCUCUGGGCUGCCCAGUUGGGGGUAUUUCCUCUGUGUUGUUAUGAUCGAGGACACACAAGGACAGACACACACCACAGUGAAUACAGAGUCCAAGUACUACCAAGUACUGACCGCCACCAGAGGGACUCACAGACAUCGCACUUGGUGAUAAGUAAGGACAGGUUGACAAAGAGACGGACAGACGUGUCAUGGCGUACAAGGAUGGCAACGGUUCCAGAAUCUCUGGACGACUGAGAUCGGGGGACCUACUCCAUGCUGGGCUGGUGUUGUCGGUGCUGCUUGGGUUCUGGUGCGUCAGUGGACUGGAGGUUUCCACAGGGAAGAUUACAGUCAUGGAGGCCAUGAAUGGCUCCACGGUCCUGAUUCCCUGUACCUACUCUUCAUGCAUUGGCAUUCAAAGGCUCUACUUCAACUGGCAUUACGAUGACAACGGGACCAUGCUGAAGCUCUGCGAGGGGUCGAUCGCUGCCGAGGGCGCUGACCCCCGCUUCAGCGUGUACCACGAGCGAGUGGAGUUUGUGGGCAACUCCAAGAAGAGCAACAUCUCCAUCCUGCUGUACAACAUCACCUUCGCCGACGACGGCGACUACGUGUGCUUUGCACGCAACUUUAAGGAGAAGAACCGAAACCAUAGCGCCACCUUUACGCUCCGCGUGGUGGAUCAAGUGGUGGAGAUUGACAACACCUUGACCACCAUCAUCGUGUCAGUUGUGGGCGGAGUCAUCGGCUUCCUGAUCUUCUUCAUGGUGGUGAAGGCUCUUGUCGUUCACUUCAUUCUGAAGAAAGACGACAAGAAUAAAGAGUGUCUGGUGGGCUCCUCGGCAGGGGUGGACAACACGGAGAACGGACACACGACGGCCAAAGGCACCGAGGCCAAGGGAACACCGAAGGCAUGAGCGAGUACACGGUGUCUGUGUGUUUGUAUAGAUAUAUAGACAUCAGUGGUCACAAUAUCCGCAGAAGGAAGCACUACAGAUGGACUGUUGUAUCAUAAGAGUGGCUGGCCCCAUUAGCUCAUGUCAGACGAUAUUAACAAAAAAAAAAUACACAUCUAUAUAUAUAUAUAUAUAUCAUGCUUGAAAUUUGGAAUGUGUGAAGUGAGCCCGCCCCCUAGCUCUCUACCUGCACCCUGCGUCAUCAACCCUGCUCCGAGAUGACCUCUCCACUCCUUACACUUCCCAGCCUGGCCAGUCUCCACAUCUCUCCCUGUAAAACACGAUGGCUUUCAACAGACACGCCAUCGGGAAAGUCCUCUUGGGAAUUCUUGCAGUGUACGACGUUGGCUUGUACACAGCAAGAAAGCGGCUGGGUUGCUUUUAUUUUAAAAAGUAAAUUUCAUAUGAAUACUCCUUUCUAUAAAAUUCAAUCUAGCAUGUAUGAUCGUGCUCUUAGUAUAAUAGAAAACAAAAAAAAGAACCAAGGACGAUUUUUAUUUCAAGGAGUUUGGAAUCAAGGAUUUUCUACUCUUUUCUGUUGUGGUGUCCAUAUAGCCACAGAACACAAUCGCCCGGAACCACACAGCAGAUCGAAUACAGGAACACACACUUUACUAUAGUGAACUGCCAACACUCUACUGCCGUGAUGUCAACUGAUAGUACGACAGCACAACCUCUCCUGCCAACGUCCGGUAUUAUCAUCGCAGGACACGUGACCAAUCCUGAACCGUUUUGUUUACAAACUAGCAUAAAUACAACACUAUGAAGCACAGAUUUCCUGAUCGGAUGUUAAUAGAUAAACAGCUGCCACCAACCAAAUGAUGGCUCACCAUUGGUUGAAGACGUAAGCUAUCCAAUCAGAAAGCCCCUCUGGCUGUAAUCUGACCUUUUAACCUUCAUACCGUAACCACUGCCACAGUAUUCUCAACUACUGGUUUACCAAGGAGUCCGGUAUUUGCUGAGGAGGGCAGAUAGAGAGAUACCUUAGUCUUCAGCUUAUAAACUAGCAGAGUUCUUAGUAACAGUAGUAAUAGUUUAUAGGAAUAGUUUUUGAUGUGGCAGGGGCUGGCAAGUCUAACAAAUGUGCUUCCUGAGGCAAAAUAGUAGAUUCCGUUCUGAACCACUUUUGGUCCCUUUGCUUUAGAUAAGAAAAUAACUUCCUCCAUAGGGAAAAAACAGGUGCCUGUUUGAGAAACUCAAUAAAAUACACUGAAAAGCAAAUAAAAUAAAUAAGACAAGGAAAACACGCCCAACCACCCACGAAGAAACAAAUCGACUUAAAUCAUGCUGCUUCUGAUUAAUAACUGAUGCAUUGAUGAUUUUUUUUCAGAGAACAUAUUUAUGUCUGUUUGUGUCUGACAUCACCUCAUCUGUCCUCAUGUCAGAACCCCAAUGCGUGAUCCCUCAAUGCAGAUGAGGGACAACUGUCAGGGUGGAAGUUGACAUUCAUUCACAGCAUGCUUUCUAAAGACUUCUUACAACUGCCACGGCUUCACAGGCGGUCACCCACUGAGCAGUUCUGCUAUAAAAGCUUACAAGGACAACUAGCACCACUUACCAGUCAGCCCAGUUAUGGUGGCAGCACUUACGGAGGAAACAACAUACAUUCAUACUAAGAUAGCCUAAACAUGCCGUUUGACAUGAUAGAGACAUGGAGGGCCUUUGCUACGAUAGCACGAGUCUUGCAAUGCUGGAAGCUGGCAUAGACAGACCAUUAUGUUCUUCCCAAAACACAUAUUUGUUUGUUGUUUGUAUUUUGUUUCAUAUUACCUGUUAUCAUUUUCUAUUGAGGUCCUUUUUUGGCUGGCAGUUCAAAAACUAGUAAUAAUGUAAUGUUUUGUGCAGUGGUGUUAAUAUCAAGAAAGCCAUGCGGACUGAAAAAAUAUUUUUUUGUAGUUUUAAUUUGUUAGUAACAGUUCAUGGAUGAAAAUGACCAAAUCAAAUGAUAGAUUAUAGAUUUAUUACAUUGAUAUCUCAUAUGUAAAGGAUACAUUAUACGUGCACACUGUAUGCAUUUGAUUCCUAUUUUGCUCUGCGCCACGGUGAUUUAGUAUUUAGAAAAAAUUGGUAUUGUCUUCUUUGCCACUUUGUGAGCUGUUGAGCUCCAUUAACAGUCAUUACAUCACCAUUUAAUGUUGGGAAUUAAGAGAUUUAUGAGACAAAGGCGUCAUCGGAUAUGUAUGUUAUCAAUACUCUUAUAAUGGUUAGCAUGUCCAUUACCACUCACAGUCUGUAUUCCAGGCUUAAUUGUGAGAAACAAAUCUCUGUUACAGAUCUAUUAUUUUGCUGCUGUACAGUGUCUCUACCAAAGCUGUCAGCAGCCAAAUGCCCCCUAGUGGCGAUGCCAUGACAGUUCAGCUUUCAAACUUUAAUCAUGAAUGUAGUGAGUACUUUGAUUUAUCACAUGAUCUGUCCCUUAAAACGUACUUAGAAGUAUUAGAUCAGAGCUCCUGCAAUAGGGAAUCUCUUCUAUGGGACUGUGACUUCUAUUAUAAUGUACACCCACAAACACAAUACCGCGGUUCAGCCUAACCAAACUGCAUCUGGAUCAGUACUUGGCUUACUAGAGGUUGCGUUAUUGCAAGGGAGCAAUUUCCUUCUCGUUCCAAACUACGUGCAUAUUUUUUUAAUUAGCAUCUUCAUCCGCGGCUGCUCGCUAAUAUUGGAGUGCAUGCGUUCCAUGUUUGCGUUCUGGAGAAGCAAUAGAAGUGGUCUUCUGAGGACUGGCACUUUAUGACGUUGUAAUAGAGCUGUGGUGGGACACUGUCUGUCCCUUGCACAGAUAACUACGUAUCCAAAUUGCACAAAUGUAUCUGUUGUACUGAAGACAUCCUUGUUUAGAGUCUACCAUGGAAUAUGACAGCUGUAAUACUAUAUAUAUAACGGCUCGCUAAAUAGGUUUCACAAAUACCAUUGGCUCCACAGCAUAGAAUUAUUGGCCUUUACGUGGCUACAUUGCACAGAAAGAAAUGUCACACCAAUUCAUAAAUGAAAUUGUGUUAAUAAUCUAUAAUACAUAUUUGACUUAAUGACAACAACACAAAUAUAAGGCUGAAGAAUUCAGGAGAAUCCAAUCCAUAUGCUUCCAACACCAUUUGAAGUUAAUUGAAGUAAACUACAAUGUGACUUGGAGUGUAAACAUAUAUUUUGUGAUGACACAUUUUUAUGGCCAGGCACAAAUGGGUUUAUUUUUGUAUCUUGACCAGAUAUACAUGUGUCAAGUAGCAAUGUACCAUGCAUGCUACUGUAACUAACACCACACACACACACACACACACACACACACACACACACACACACACACACACACACACACACACACACACACACACACACACACACACACACACACACACACACAAACACACACAGACACACACACACAAACGCGCACGCACAUACAAACACACACAAACACAGAACGAGUUAAGCUAUUUCCCCAGUAACGUUGUGUGUUUGAAUCUUCCAAAGAAUAGCCAUUUUGUUGAGUCACGUUCGAUUCAGCUACAACAUCAUAGUCAUAAUUCAAAUAUGCUUUCUCCAAAUCUUGUCUUCCAUUUCAGACUUUUUGACUAUAAAACCCGCAUGUGUCUUUCAAUUUUCCCAUGUCGAUGCAUCCUUGUGCUUGCAUCUCUUCCUUGACAUGCAUAAUGUUCCCUACAUCCAAAGCAUUGUUAAAGUGAACAUCAUGGCCUGUUUUCAACAUGGACUUGAGAGGAGAGUGCUAAAUGAUAUCAAUAAUCCAAACAACACAGAGAAACCAACCCCAAAUCUGAAAUGGGAGCAUAGAUUGUAACGAGACACAAACUGCUACAACCUACAUCCAUGCAUCAUCGACUGCAUUGCCUUGACGCAUAUAAAUAUAAACACAUUUAUUGAAGUGAUUUUCUCCUGCAUGUGUGCAUGAGCUCUGAGAUGAGCUGAUCUGAUCGUGGGAACCCCAUGCAAAACAGGCUUACUGCUAAGCGGUGGUGCAGAGGCAAAGGCCUGACUACCACCUCACAGGGGUGGGUCUUCAAACAGGAAAUGGAAGUGACCCUCGCCCCAAAUCCAACCCUCUUUCUGGCAAAUAAAUAACCCUCACAUUUCCCGUUUCCAGUAUUGUUUAAAACUUGGUUGAGAACUAAAUUAAAACGGCAAGUGGGACACUAGAUGUGCCCUAUGACCCCUGAUCCCAAUAUGACCUCUGAACCCCGUCCAAAACAUGUUUUAUUUACAUUUUCACGAAGGCCAACUUGGCUAAAGCAGGCACUUUAGAUACUUAUUGAAUACUUUUUAUUCAAUGUUUAAACCUUAGUAUUAUUAUUAUAUGCAUAAGAAAAGGGUUGACAUUAUUUUACGUAAUAACUAUAUCACUCUGAUCCCGGGUAAUGAAUGUAUGGUGGAUUACAAAGCAUGUCUAUACCCAAUAGAUUAUUAUUAUUGAUCCUCCUGCUCAUUCCAGAUACACAUGGGACAAUAGUUAACUAUCAGAGAGCAUUAAAAAUAAUGUAAAUAAAUGUCAUUAUUUUCUAGCCGAGUGAAUCCAACUGCAGCAUUGUAACAAAGCACGCAAUUUUAAUGACAUGACCACACUACAAAAAGUUAAUAAGUCUGUUCAUGCUAUACUACUAAUAACUACAGCUUAUCGAAAUACAUAUAACAACCCUAAUAUUAUUAUCCAUACGGUACACUGAACCAAUGUCGUGAGAUGCCAUCACACCGCUACUCUGCCGUGUACUCUUACAGCAGUGGUCACAUGACUGCUGUUCAGAACCAGAGGACCUGAGGCCUACAGCGGCAGAAGCUCACACUGCCAGACCAGGGUGUGAUGUCCGCUAAAUACUUCCCACAUUCCAAACCCUUUCAGAGAAAAUACCUGAUGACCGGUUGGCUUCAAACACUGCCCCGAACACAACCAGAACUAAACCAGAGAAUGUUUGACUCAAACAUGACGCAGCUGUUAAACAGAGUACAUUGAGAUUUGACUUGUUGUUCCUCUUCGAUAUGAGAAAUUCACAUUUAAAAAGAGCUAGGUAUUUUAUGAAAGUUUCCUUUUAAAUUCUGUUGUACGAGUUUGCGUAUGUUAUGUAGAACCAUGGAUGAAACUAAUAUCAUGUUUGUUCUCCCUCAUGCUCUGUAGUAGUAUCAUAAUAACACAUUGCAUGAUAGUAUUAUUCUGUAUAACAUUUAUGGUGAACUGUAGAGGAAAUCUCAAUAUUAGUCAGCUAGAGUUUGAAUUAUAAGCACAGGCUUAUAUUUACCUCACUUGUUGCCACAGUCCUGCUUUUUAACCAAUGUGUAUGUUUUCUUUAUACAUUUCAAACAUCAGCCAAACUUACCACUGAUAUCAAUGGAACUCCAUUGUAAUUACACAAAUAUCUCGGAGUAAACUGUGUCGUUCUAAUCUUACCAGUUAAACAAGGGACUCCCGUAAAUGUCUCAGUUUACAAUUUUCUGAACACAUUCUGUGAAGCACACGCUCCCCACAUCCGCAGUCCCUCACCAAAACCACUUACCAAACUAGAUCUGUCUUUCGAUCAGUGUUUAGCCGCUGCUAUGUGUGUCCAUGUUGCUCAUCCUGCUCACUGACUAUGCAGGAUGCUUUUCUUUUCUUUUAUUUCAAACUGCUGAACUGGAAAAUAAAACGAUUAUUUCAAACUCUU